AUGUCGAUUUAUCAGAGAAGAUGGUCGUCGUGCGGCAAUUCGGCGACGCCCUCGUCCGAUUUUCGACGGACGACUACGGCGAGCUGCGUCGAGCCGAGCACCGUUGGCACCAGCUGGAACUCGGUGCGCUGGAACAAACCGUCGACGUCCUAUCGGUCGAGCAUCGCCUCGCGUUUCGAGAACACCGCAACAUCGACACCGACGCCGUCAUACACGACAAGCGGCGGCGGCGUCGGCUCGCGGAGCCGCUACAAUCUGAGUUCGGCGGCGAAGAAUGCGGCCGAUGUCGCCAGCAUCGGCCCGUCGGUGAGCGCACGAGCGUCGCGCUUCGACACCGCCAACAUCGCCAACAAGGAGAAGUAUCGGAGUGAGGCUCGCGAGCUCAUCAACAAAUGGUCGAGUCGCGAGAGGAAUAGCACACAGAUCAACAACACAUAUCGUUCGCCGAUCGCCGCCUCUCGGCCAGCCUAUCGCUCGUCGGACUCCCUUCUGACAACCUCCGGCUCGUCGAGCCUCAGUGGUCCCAGCUCAUACACAGCGUAUCGCACGUCGAAAUCGCUGACGCCGACGAGAAGCUCGUACGUGUCGUCGGAGCGCAAAAGUGUGCUCUCGCCGUCGCCGACACCCUAUAGUAGUAUACACGUCACACCGAAAGCCGAUCGGCCGUGGCGUCAACGAAUGGCCGAAUCGUCGCGCAUCCGCAACACACUCGGCGACGAUGUGAGUGAAGCGUAUAUGGCGAGACGCGCGCGAAACGCGUCGUCGCGUCGCGGCUCGAUGUCGUCGGCGUGCGGCGGCGGCGGCGACGGCUACGAGACGCCGUCGUCGUUGGCGCCAUCGCGCGCUUCAAGCUUUAGUGCACUAGGGCCCACCAACUCCUCGUACCGCUCGCGUCAGUCGUCGGUUGAGAGUUCGGUGUUCACGCCGAACAGCCGAUUCACCACCUCAAACUACAUUCCGUACUCAUUGCGGAAUCGGGAUGAACCUAAACCAGACCGAAGCGCUUCGAGAUCGCCGUCGCGCGAGAGCCUCGCGCCGCCGCCGCCGCCGCCAUCGUCAUCGGUGAGGCGAAGCGCGUCGCGUGCGCCGAUCAACUCGUCGAUUCGCGAGGGGAGCAGCGAACGCGGCCGUAAGAAGAGCAUCAAAGAGCGCACGGCGCGACGGGCGUCGCGUCAGAAUUCGCUUCAGGAGAGCUCGUCGUCGGACGACGAGGAGAUCGCGACGAUCAUGCGACGACGCAGUCGAUCGGGUUCGGCGCAUCGGCGACGGCUCAAGAAGAGGAGCUCGACGGACGGCGAGAAGCCGCCGCCGCCGCAACCGUCGUCAUCCAUGCAAUCAUCGCUGUAUGAGACGGGUGCCGAAGAGCAGGUGGCGUUGAUCGCCGAAUCGAUUCAAUCGCUCGCCAACUCGACGCAUAAUGAGAGCGACGCGUUUCAGUCGUGCGCCGCUUCGCCGCUGCUGCCGAAUAUUUCAAGAAGCAGCUCGAAGAAUGGCGUCGUCAAAAAUCAAAUUAUUAAAAGCCCAUCGCUCGUCGAGGUUCACGGCCUCCCAAGAACCGAAUCAAAAUCAAGCAUUAAGCCAUCCGAAUCGUCAUCGCGUCUCGACGAUGAGAGUCAAUACAGCGCGAUUGUUCACUUCAAGCCGAAUAAGGUGAAGCGUGUGGCGCCGGUGCCCGGAUUAUGGAAAUCGGGCGCCGAGAAUGAGGAGUUUAUUUCGAGGAAUAAACGAUUCCGAAGAGAGGAAGCCACCGCUGAAGUCGAAUCGAAUUUGGAGGUCGCGAUUGUCGAGAAGGUCGCGCUCACAUGUAAAGCCGGAGCUCGAGCACCUAAGAAGGCGAUUGUUGAAAAGAAGAAGGUGAUAUUGACGAGGCAGAAGAAGGUCGAGGAGAAGGCUGAAGCUUCAAAAAAGGACGAGCUGCUCAACAAGGUUGAAGUUCAGAAGAAGCCUGAGGCGGUGCCGAAGAAAGAGAAGCUCGAGGCUUCGAAGAAGAACGAUCUCGUGGAAUCAAAGAAGCCCGAAGUUGUGAAGAAGAAGGACGAGGUUAAGGUGGAACCUAAAAAGGCUGAGGUUCAGAAGAAGCCUGAAGUGGCGAAAAAAGUUGAAGCUCUGAAGAAAGAGGAGCCAAAGAAGCCGGAAGUUGUGAACAAGAAGAAAGACGAGGUUAAGGUGGAACCUAAGAAGGCUGAGGUUCAGAAGAAGCCGGAAGUUGUGAACAAGAAGAAUGACGAGGUUAAGGUGGAGCCCAAAAAGGUUGAAAUUAAAAAGAAUCCUGAUCCAAAGAAGGCGGAGGUCAAGAAGCCGAUGACUUCGACCAAGAACGAAUCAGCGGAAAUCAAAGAGAAGUCGAAACAUCAAGAAAGCAAGGCCGAAGCUGCGCAGAAGCCAAUUGAUGCCAAAAACGCGAAAAGCGAUGCGACUAAACCGAAGCAGAUCGAGAAGCUGAUUAGCGAGGAGACAACACAGGUGAAUAAGGUAUUUUCGAAGCGAUCAUGGACAUCGCAGAAGGCGGAAAGAACGAUCAAAUUGAUGAAUAAAAUUGCCCAUAUUUUCAAGUGCAAAUCAUCAAAAGUUGCCGAUAUUUCGAUUAGUGAACAUUAUCGAAGGCGUCCGAUUGGCGAACGCGCCACAGUAUUGGUGGAUACACCAACACCCGAUGUCAACUACAGUGUAGUGCGAAUGAAGAUCCGAGCGACGUGCAAACCGAAGACAAAAAUCGAGGAAAUUCCAACGGCUUCCGAGGCGGACGUCUCGCGGUGCACUUCGCGCGCUUCAACGCGAGCUUCGGUGAUUCUUGACGAGAUGCGAUACACCGAAGCCGCUGUCGACUGGGUCAAGGAUCACGGCGAUCACGAGGAUCCCGAUGUUCUCAUUCUUCCCGAUCAGUCGAUUCUUGAGCAGUAUGUUAAUAGGAAACUGGAACGCCUUCGCCGCCAUCGUCCAUCGUCGAUGUGCUCAUCGCGCGGCUACGAGUCGAGCAAUUGCGCGUCGCCGUGCCCGUCAACCGUUUCCGAGUUGUGCCAACCAUCGUCGAUCAUCGUCGACGCGCCGCGACGACAGCACAACAGCGCCGAGCCCGAGCAGCGGCACCUCGUGCAGCUCACCUCGGCGCCGCGCGGCUUCAACAAACAACACGUCGGCGAGCCGGUGGUGGUGAAGCCGGUGGCGUUCGAGGCGCCGAAAACGCUGUUCGAGCGAAUGAUUCAAGAGCAGGCGAAUCGGAAUCGGAAUCCCGACCAGCUAGUGCUGCCCGAUGAGCCGACACGCGACGCGUCACCGCGACGCGGCUCCUCGCAAGAAGAGGGCAUGUCGUCGCUGUCGCAACAGUUCGCCUCGUCGGCGGCGGCCAACAAUCCGCACUCGGCGGUCCGCUACGCCGCCCACAUUCCGGUGAAUCGCGUCGAUUCGGGACGAACGAGCGCGGCGAGUGUCGACAGUCAGCAGAGCGGCAUUCUCGACGUCGCUUCGAAGAGCAUUGAUCACGUCAUCGAUCAGGCGCGUCAUCGACAUCAUCAGCAUCGAAGCAAAUUCAAAGAAGCCAUCGAUUAUUUGGAUCAGAUUUUCGAGGACUUGAAAAAAGAGUGCGACACGGAUGAAAAGAAUAACAACAGCAACGAGAACGCCGACAACGGCGUCGAUCAUCAUCAGAAGCGGCGCACUUCGGCUCCAUUAGUCGCGGCGGCGGCGGCGAAAGUGAUCGAUGUGAAGAAGACCACCACCACCGCGGCGGCGCCGCCCAAAACCACUCCGCAAACCCGUAAGGUUGUCGGCGCCGCGAAAAAAUCGACGGUACCGUCAAAAGUCAAGGUCUCGCCGCCCGUCGUCGAGCCGGCCACGCCACAGAAAUCGAACGACUCGCCGGUGGAAAUUGUGAUACCGGUGCGAAAGAUCUCGUCGGAAGAGCCGAUCGAGCCGACGGUCGCCGAGACGAUCGUGUUGGCGAAGAAGACGGACAAGAUGGACUUCACGCGACGAUGGCUUCACGACGAUCUGUCGUCGUUGGCGCACUUGCCGCCCGCCAACAUUGCGCCAAACGCGUCCUACUAUCAAGACUUCGAUGAGCAUUCGCUGGGAAGCUGCAGUGCCGAAGUCGCCGCGUUCAACACAACGAAAGAGAAGCGGAAGGCUAGUCGGAAGGCGUCCGACGCUUCCGAACCGCCGCUGCGACCGCGUCCGUUCCGCCCGCAGCCGGUCUAUCCGAUUCUCGAGCCGACGAACGGCAGCGCGUUUGAGACGUACGCGUCGAGCACACUGCCACGCGUGACGUCCACCGAUCACAUGUCGGCCGAGAUGCGACGAUCCGGCUCACAGGAUCCGUAUAGCACGCUGCGAUCGAUGCGAUCCGAAGGCGAUCCGCACGAUCGCCCAUCGCCGUCGGCAUUCCAGCAGGUCGGCUCGCGCGCCUCACUUCGCAGCCUGCCCGAUCACUCGCCGAUUCGACAGCGUGUCGCGCGGCAGCAGCAGCCGCCGCACGCCGAUCCGAUUCUCUCGAUCGAUCAGCUCGUCGCCGAGCUCGAGCUCAACACCGAGCCGCCGCCGGCGACCGUCGAGAAGCGGCGAUCGUUUCCGACGCAAUUCAUUCGCCACAACGGCAAUGAGUACGAGCGGCCGAAUCGCUAUCGCGCUGAAAUUCGGCCGGCGACGAUACGCGGUCGCGGUCAAACGAUUGCUGCAGGCGGCGGCGCGGCGAGCAGCAGCCUUCAGAAGCAGCAAAAGUCGCUCGACGAGGUCACCAGUAUGCUGAACAAUGUCGCGUCGCAAUUCGGCGUCGAAUCGACACCGCGAACACAUCCGAGCGUCUUCAAACAAUUGAGCGCCUCAUCGAAUCAUAGUCAGAACGCGUUCGAGACGAUCAAUCAAGAGAAGAUCAAUCCGAGUCGCGUUGAAGCGAUGCACACGAUGUUCGAGAAGGGAACCGCGUGGAAAAUGCAUCAGCCGUACAAGCAGAAAUCGCGCGAGGAUUCGCUGGACGAGACGGCGCCACGGAAACAAUCAUAUUCGAAGGUCACACCACCGCAAGAGGCCCAAUACGCCACACUUCACAGCUAUUCGCCAUCGGCCACCACCAACAUUCCGGCCAGACCGACUUACCAUGAGUACACGCCGCAAUUGCCGACGACGCAACCGCCGCAACAUCCGCCGGGAUCGGCGAACUCGUCAACCGGCGGCUAUUACUCGUCGAACAGCUCCGGCAUCGGCUCGCAACCGAAUCCGAAUCAGCGGCGAAGUCUUCUCAUCGAUCAACAAUCGAUAUGCUCACGGGUGCCGUCGGUCGAUGAGGACGACGACGGAUUCUACGACAACAUCGGCAUCUAUGAUGAUCGGAGGAUGUCGAGAGGAAGCGAGCUGGAAGCGUGUCGCCAACUGCCGCCGUCGUCGAAACACAAUCGAAUCGGCUCGUUUCUGCGCAAAAUUGGCGGCGGUAGUAGUCGGCCGCCGGGUAGCGCGGCGAGUCUGAUGUCGCUGAAUAAGAUCGCCAAUGAGACUGUGAUGAAGCCGGCGGGUUUGAUGAAGAGCAACAGUCUGAGCACGGAGCCGUGGAAGAAGCAGGUGCUGAUGGGCAAUCUGUCGAGAGAGCCCAACAAUAAUCAUCAUCAUCAUCAUCAACAACAACAGAAGACCGGUCUUGGAGCGCGACUGAAAAACACGCUGUUCGGCUCGAGGAAACGUUUAGACGGAUGA